AUGACGGGGACCGAGCGCCGCAGCCAUCCCGGCUCCCUCGGCGCCAUGCCGGCCCGCUCUCCUCUUUCACGCUCCCCUUCUCCACACAGGAAAGCGCACGCCUCGUCGUCCAACACCACAAAUCAGCUCGCCAAUCGCUCCACCCUUGCGCAGAGGACCAAUCAGCAUUUCCACUCGGAUGCUCCCACCUUCUCCAACCAUCCCGACUUUACCGCCGCCUUCGGCGCUACACCCAACUAUGAGCUACCUCCAGAAGGUCUCUUUGGCGCGCCACAAGACGAAACUUCAUUGUCCAACGCAGCUUCGUCUUCCUCAUCCUAUUGGCUGUCUGCCGAUAAUCGCUCUCAGUCCGUACCUCCCAGGAUAGCCGUUGACAGCACCAACGCUCGCAGCUCAAACAUGAAACGUGCGGUUCCGCUUAUAGACACCAGUGGGCUACCGCAUUCGCGCAGGCAGAGUCUCAUGGAAGAAGCCGAAAAGCGUCCCACCAGCCCUCACAUCACUUCGGCUACUCCCACGAGCGCUCGCCAUCACAACAUCUUCACGCAGCAGCAGCAGCACAAGCAACCCAGCUCACGCUCCAGCUCGUUCCAUGAACACGAUGCGCAUCCUCCGCACCAGUCCAAGGGCCAGUCGCUGCAUCGAGUCGCCUCUCCUUCCUUACUCAACUCGGGCAUCGGCCGUGCUGCCGUCUCGGCCGCGCAGUCCAUAAUGGAUGCUGUGGCCGGCCGCUCGUCUCCUGUUGCCCUGCGCUCCGCUCGCCCCUCUCAGGACGACAGGAACAGUUUGAGCGACGACGAAGCAGGCAAGGGGCAUGGACGCAAGGCUGCUGUAGCAGUCGGAACGCGCUUCACCCCUUCCAUCCAUCACGCCCGUCAUCAACAUGCUCACCACCAGGAGGGCAAGCUGCGCUCAUCUUCGCCCAAACCCAUGAGUGCUGACAUGACCUGGCGUGCUAGCAUCUCCGAGUCGCGAAGGGCUACUCCGGCUGCCUAUCGACCACGACCAGCUUCGGUCAACAGGCGACGCAACAGCGCCGUUGUCGAUCAGCAGCCUACCGCCGCUCUCGGCGACAGCUCCGACAUGCAGCUACCCAACGGCCACAAGUCCACGCACUCUUCCAUCUUGAUCGGCUCGCCCAUCGUCAUCCCACAGGCUCGCAGAGGCGCUGUUCGUUUACGUCCCAGCCGGAAACGUCGCAUCGCCCGCCAGGUCAAGCCACAAAGAACGUUUCGACAGAGCUUGUUCGUCUUUAUCGCAACGGUAGCGCACUUCGUCCGUCUGCUUGCCUCGCCCGCAGAGGCAUUUCGACGCUUCAGAGAGUACUGCAUCGAGACACGCAUCGCCAUUGACGACGCUUUUCGAGAUCCGCAGACGGGCGUGCGCUGCUACUAUCCCGCCUGGCUGCAGGCGUACGUGCCACUGCUCAUCUGGCUCGGCAUCAGUCUGAGCAGCACGGCGCUGGUCAUCACUUUCCACACGCAAGUGUUUAUUGGCCUCGAUCACAUGUCGACCUACUUGCAGGGCUUGGGUUUGUGGGGCAAGGUCAUGCUGGGUUCGCUCAUCUUUCUCACCACAUUUCCGCCAUUGCCGCUCUACUCGACGCUGAUCAUGCUUUGCGGGUUCACCUUUGGCCUGUGGCAAGGCUUCAUCAUCAGCUACAUUGCCGCACUCUCAGGUGCCAUUGUGGUAUUCACCCUCAGUCGAUCGUUGCUGCGCGAGUGGAUGGUGGGGUUGCUCAACAAGAGCGGAGGGCUGAAGAAGGUGGUUCGUGCCAUUGAAAAGCAGCCCAAGCUGUUGUUUCUGGUGCGACUUGCGCCGUAUCCGUACAAUCUGAUGAACACCCUGCUUGCCAGUUCGCCCACGUUGACGCUGCGCACCUACGUGACGUGCACUGCAUUGGCGCUGCCCAAGUUGCUCAUCCACACGGGGCUCGGAACAUCGAUCAAGAACUUUGCAGCGUACAACGGCGCAGCUGAUGGUGAGAGCAAGGAGGAUGCCGAGGCUUCAGAGACGGCGGAGCACGUCAAGAAAUGGGCUGGCUUGAUCGGUGCGGGACUGUGCUUUGGCAUCAUGAUCUACCUCUUGUCUGUUGCCAGACGCGCGGUGGACGAGUUGGACGACGAAGGCGAGGAUGGCAUGUACGACGACGAGGUGCUGUACGAUGACGAAGGUGAAGGGCUGCUUUUUUCGGAUGAUGAUGGGCACGACGGUCACGAUGGCGCGGACGCUCUGGAUCAUGGUUCGGGCGUCGACAUGCGCGAACGAGCUGGUCCAUCCACUUUGGGCUUCCGCAACGGGUACGCGCCGAUCGAAUCGUCGCCUGAAGAACGAUUCCGCCAUAGCAUGCGUCAUCCGCAGCCCGUACCAGGUCCGCUGGUGCUACCAGGGUCGAGCUACGACUACAUGGCGUCAGGAUCUGGCUCGUUCGAUGGCAGCGGGUCUGUUGGCACGCACUCGAUCGAUCUCGCCGACAAGAUUGCCGAGAUGGAAGCACAUGCGGAGAACAUGCAAUUCGAGUCGCCUAUGCAUCGGGGCGCAGAGCAGGAGCAGGUGGAGCCGUCGAUGCUGGCGAGUCCCAAGUGGUCGCCGAUGGUGGCAGCUCUGGAGGACAGGGUGGAUACGAACGAUACUGUCAUGGACCAGAGCAGGAUUUUGUUCCUGGAUCGGGAUAACCCCGAAGAGCCGGAUGAGUAUCGCCAUUAG